AUGAAAUUGAAGCACAUUGUAAUUCUGCAGAACAAAAUCGAUCUGGUGAAAAGAAGUCAAGGCAAGGAGCAGUUCCAGCAAAUCAUGAAGUUUAUUGAAGGAACCGUGGCUCCCGUCAUUCCCAUUUCCGCUCUACUCAAAUACAGCUUCAAAGUUCUCUGUGAAUACAUCUGCAAGAAAAUCUUGAUCCCGAAUGCUUACUUGUUCCUUCGAUCCAAACAAGAGCCUGGCAGCGAGUUUGAUGGCCUGAAAGGCGGCGCAGCUUUUGGAAGCAUCCUGACAGGCGUUCUCAAAGUCGGAAUGGAGAUCGAAGUCUGA